CCACCGGGUGGGCAUCAGCGGUGUCCCCGGCUCGGGCAAGUCGACGCUGAUCGACGCUCUCGGCACCCGGCUCACCGCUGCCGGCCACCGGGUCGGCGUGCUGGCGGUCGAUCCCUCGAGCAUGAUCACCCGCGGAUCGAUCCUGGGAGACAAGACCGCAUGGCCCGCCUGGCCGCCGACGAGAACUCCUUCAUCCGACCGUCGCCGUCGGCGGGGACGCUCGGUGGCGUGACCAGCACCACCCGCGACGCGAUCACCGUGCUGGAGGCGGCCGGCUACGACGUGGUGCUGGUUGAGACGAUGGGCGUCGGCCAGUCGGAGGCGGCCGUGCAUGCGUCGGUCGACUGCCUCUGUGUGCUGGCGCUGGCCGGUGCGGGCGACGACCUGCAGGCAGUCAAGCGGGGCCUGCUGGAGCUGGCCGACGUGCUCGCCGUCAACAAGGCCGACGGCGACAACGAGCAGGCGGCCCGGCUGGCCGCGGCCGAGCUCCGCCGGGCCCUGCCCCUGCUGGCUCCGACGAGGGAGGACGGGCCGCCGCCGGUGAUGACGGUCUCGGCGGCGACCGGUGCGGGCGUGGAUGAGCUGUGGGACUGCAUCGUCGAGCACCGGCGCCUGCGAGAGGCCUCGGGCGGCCUGGCCCGCCGCCGGGCCCGGGGUCGCCUGGCCUGGAUGCGAGUGCUGCUGGAGCGCCGCCUGCUGGAGCAGUUCGAGUCACAGCCCGGCCUAGCCGAACGCCGCGCCGAGCUUGAACACGCCGUCGAGCAGGGCCAGAUCACCCCCGAAUCAGCCGUAGACGAGCUACUGUCAACGUCCUGA